AUGUUCCAUGGCGUCUCGGGAGUGUCGAUCGCUGCCCUCUGUCCCAGCACCGGAAAUGGCGACGCGACGGUCGCGACACAGACGGCCGGACUGGCUGACUCUGCCGGCACGCCUCUCUUUGAUUCUACGCUCCUCCAGAUAGCAUCGCUCUCCAAGCCGAUUGCGGCCACAUUCGCAGUCGAGUACUUUGCUGAGGCGGGCAUAUCGCUCGAGGCCUCAGUCAACGACGCGCUCGCUGCCGCCGGCUCACCGCUUCGCCUGCGUGCUGCGGCGGGGAUGCCAGCGGAGUGGGCUGAGACAGUCACGCUGCGACAGACGAUGGACCACACUGGCCUCGGCAUGCACUACGUGAAUGGCGUCCCCCGUGACGAGCCCUUCCCGCCCGUCCUGGAGCUCCUCUCGGGGACCGACGAGGCGCCUGCGCCGUACGAUUACGCAUCGCUGGCCGUGAUGAAGCAGCCCGGCAGCCGCUUCGGCUACUCGGGCGGCGGCUUCCUCAUACUCCAGCACCUGCUCGAGUGCCGCGAGGCGCAGCCGGCGAUCAGCACUCAUACUGGCCAGUGCCGGCUAGCCGGUCGGGUGGUCAAUGAUAUUCUCGCCUGCGGCGAGCAGAAGCGCAAGCACGCGCGAGAGCUAGCUGGAUAUCACUGGCCUUGGGCGCGCGCGCCAUAA